AUGGUUGAGAACAAAUCAAACUCGGUUUCUACAGAAAACCAAAAGAAGAAUGAUCCAAAGAAGCCUGCCGAGGCAAAGGAGCCUGAGCUGACAAAGCAGUGUCUGACAAGACGGCGUAAAUUUAUUGAAUCAGCUUUAAAAACUAAUUGUAUACUGUCGCUGUCGUUUUAUAUUGAUACGCUUGUGAUUACUGAAAAUUUGCCUUUAUAUCGUGUAAUUUUUUACGGUUAUAUAAAGAAAAAUAACUAUAUAUAUAUAUAUAUAAACGUUUGUGUAGGCCGCCGCAAAGACUACGUUCUCUUACCGAUCUCGCGAAUUCGCGAAGUGCACCAGUCUUUACUUACUGUCCCAUUUACUGCGGCAUUACCUCUGUUUCAGGCUCCAUUCAUUCUGCUGUGGCAUCGUCCCGACGUUCUCGUGGCGAACGGACCAGGAAUCUGUAUACCGCUUAUUUUGUGGUCGUUCGUUUUCGCCGUGUUUUGCCUAAAGCGGCCUGUGAUAAUCUUCGUGGAGAGUUUCUGUCGGGUACAAACGCUUUCGUUGACGGCACGAUUUAUGAAGCCGUUUGUUGAUCGAUUAAUUGUGCAAUGGAGGCCGCUGCACGAAAGCUACAAGAAAGCGACACGAUACCAUGGACUCCUUGUGUGAUUCGGUGGAGAGCCUU